UUUGCCCUCAAUAAUGUUGUGGAAUACGGUCCCGCUGAUAUUUGUUUCCUGUCGGCCCGUUAUGCGGUAACGCUUCACACUCCACACAGCGGCUGAGGGAUUCAGAGCCCGUGUCUCAAACGGGCAGAACUGAUAUUUCAUCGAAGGUAACCUGAAAUUGGACGGCUGUUUUUCAACGUAACUCUGUGUAGUUACACAAUAGGAGGGCUGUGGGACACUAGCAGUAAGUCUGCCCUUUCUGUGUAAGAAAUCCAACACCAGCGACCCACAAUGGAAGUGGAGGAUGCCUUAUCGGCUAAGUUCAGGGUCCUGAUUCACGGGCUCAUGGUGACGACAACCUCAGAGAUAGUCAAAAUAUUUAGCAAAGUGCUGCUGGAGACCAGAAUGGAGAUCACCCGGAGCUGGAGGGAGAUCGAUUUGUUGAAGCAGCAGAUGGAGGAAUGUGAGCAGCAAAAGACAGAGGCUAUCAUUAGGGCCCAGAGGAACGACUUCAAAAGAGAAGAUGACGAGGUGGAAGUGUCACGUGUGAAUUCUCAGCCUGAUGUACAGAGCUCAGACACGGUCACACCAGAGGCGGUGGGGCCUGAAAAAAGAGCAGAGAAUGUUUCAGAACCAGAGACGACACAGUCAGGCACACCAGGCCGAAAGGUUCAGAAAAUCUGUGCUACUGCUGAAAACAGCCAGAAGACCAAGUGCCAAGAGCCGAAAUGCACACAACAUGUGGUAAAACAGAAAGUUGUUUGUCCCACCAAUGUGCCACGAGUGAGAGGGCGCAAAUCAUCAAGCAAGACCAUGUCACAGACCACAUCUAAAAUCAUUGUGAAUGGACCAUCUACGAGUGUGGACAUAUUAACAAAAACCCCAAAAUCAGAGGUGAUGAAAAAAAGAAAAUUAAUCAAAUCGCCAAAGCACGUUACUGAUGUGAGUGUUGCUCGUGGUCUUCGAGACCGACAGCACCUCAGCAUGCAGAGGCACUGUCUGUGUUGUUCAUCGGACGAGUGUGACCUCCAGUCUAGUCCUUCCAGAGCCCUGCACCAGGUCCCUAGUGUGUAUAUCUGUCGUAAAUGCGAGAGGAGGUUUAAAACAGACCUUCUCUUCAAGAGUCACAAUUGCCCAAUGCCUCAGAAUUGCAACAGGUGUGGGCAGAUGUUCACUACACUUCAGGGGCUCACUGCACACAGUCAGGAAGUUCAGCCUCAGGUCAGCUGCAGUCAGUGUGAGCAAAUGUUUGCCACUCAGUGUGCUUUAACCGUGCACAAACGGAUCCACACCAACCUUAUUGUUCCCAAGGAUAUUAAGGCUAAGAGGUUCGAAGUUCGUCUCCAAAGAAUCUCAGACUCCCAGCUGGAGGCUGCUUUGUCAUCAAAAAGCUCUCUCUUGCAAAAUAACUCUUCAAAACAAGCUCUUUUGAGCGAACCGCAGAAUGUGGCUACAGCAGAUACAAGUCCUGGAUCUGCAAGUAAACACAGUGCAGAAUCCACUGCGGUGAAUGUACCUGAGACCAGCGAGACACAACUAUCACCCCAAAGUGUAGUGGAAAGCCUGGACUCAAGGCCAGGAACGCUGUCGGAGUCCAGUGUUGGACAGUCAAGUGUCAGGAAAGUCUAUGCUGUCAUGUCCAGCGCCUCAUGCCAAAUUCAGAUGAGUGAGGAUGCAAAUGGAUCAGAGGCACCAGCUGUGCAUGAAACUGAAAAAGCAACAGAUAACGGAAAACAUGGCACUUCAAGUGGUGAGUCAGGACUCCAUUCUCCUCCAAGAAAGCGGAAAAUGACAGAUUGUUCUCAUGAUGCGUACAAUGGCGUGUUUCCUGUUGAAAAUAUUCUGAGAUGGAGAAACAAUAAGGGAAGAAAUGAAGUUCGGGUCAAGUGGAUGCCUUGCACAUUGUGUGGAGCAAAGUUUCAGAACACAUGGGAACCAGCAGAAAGCUUUCCAGGCUAUUUGGAUGACAAGAACGAAGAGUCAAAGAAAAACUAAAAGGAUCAAAAAUGAUAUGUUGACUAUGCUUUUAUGAAGUUUUCUGAUUACACUAUAAGAAUGUAUGCUUUGCAAUGCAGUUAAUUUUUAUUAUUAUUUUUUUGCCAUGCCAUUUUUUUUCUGUAAUAUACUUUGCUUGGUUGUUUCUGGUUUCUUACAGCUACCCUAUAGAUAAAUGCAUUCAAGUUAAAAAUAUGGUAUCACUUUUUAAAACAUAGUUUUAAAUACCUGAGAUGGGUCUUUUUCUUAUUGUAGCUUGUCUUACUGUGAUCUUGUCUUUUUGUAAAGUUAGUGUAUUGUUUUAGAUAUUUAGUAUUUGAAUGUCUGCCUUUGUAUUUACCUCACUGCAAUCUUUGGUUAAGGGUUGAGUUACAUGUUUACAUGUUGUUGGUGAAACUUGUGUUGAUGGAUUUAGUGUUUUUUUUUUAUUCAGCAAUGAUUUAUGCUAUUAAUUGGCUAAACUAUUUGUGGGUUAAUGACUUUCACUGCAAAUACCAGUAUAUUACUAAAACACCAUUAAUGUUCAUUGCCUCUUCCUGUUUUAACUUGUAUGUUAUUAUACCAAAGAAUUCAGUUAUGUUCAAGGCAUAUUUUAGGAAAUUUGUGGAAGUGUUAACUAACGGUUGACAAAAAACAAAAGAAAAAAAAAGAAGGUGGUAAAUGUACUGGAAAACCCCACAAACUCAAAUAAACAGUUUCAAAC